AUGUCGUCUGCAUUGAAGCCUUCGUCUCUUCGUCAGGCAGGGUUGAUUCAAGUCAACCGUCACGCUGCUGACGUCGCCGAAUCUCAACAACCGGUACGCUUUAUUGGCGUCUACGUAGGAACGCGAAUCGACCCGGCGUACCAAGUGCAACUUAUCUCUGACCGGUACUACGCGAGCUUCCAACAUUGGGGACACCGGGCGCGGACCCUCCGAGGACGCCGGCUCCUGGUGUCCUCGGUUGUGACGUCGCUAAUGUGGCAUGCCACGGCGGCGGCGGCGAUACCACACAAGACGGUCACGACGUGGCAAACGAUGCCAACACGAUACGUGGUGGGCCGUAAGCGCGACCCGACAGAGCCGUACCAGUCGCUGCUACAUGUGUCUUGGCACCACAACGCAGCCUGUGUUCCACACAUAGCGUCGGCUAUACGAACCCAACGCCUCCUCACACUGCAGCGGCUGAUGCUCCCGGCGGACGAGCGGCCAAUGUGGGCGCCGCUGGUCCUCGAGCAGUUUGCGGCGUGCAUGGGCUUCCUACACCGUGACUCGCAUCCGUUCGACUGUUUGUUCUACUUGCCGCACUGGGGCACCAAGUGGAUCACAACGUCGAUGCUGCACCCGUUCUGGUUUGACGUUUGGCGCCACUGGUCCAAGACGCCUUGA